AUGAAAUUAAAGCAGAAAUAGACAAGCAGAGGCUUGGUGCUGCAGUUCCACCAAAGGCAAACUUCAUUGAAGCGGACAAGUAUUUCCUUCCAUUUGAGCUGGCCUGCCAGUCCAAGUCCCCCCGGGUGGUCAGCACAUCCCUUGACUGCUUACAGAAACUCAUUGCAUAUGGGCACAUCACAGGCAACGCCCCUGACAGCGGAGCCCCUGGGAAGCGACUGAUCGACAGGAUUGUUGAAACCAUUUGCAGUUGUUUUCAGGGCCCUCAGACGGAUGAAGGGGUUCAGUUACAGAUAAUUAAGGCUCUUCUGACUGCCGUGACUUCCCCACACAUUGAAAUUCAUGAGGGCACUAUCCUGCAGACAGUGAGGACAUGUUACAAUAUCUAUCUGGCCAGCAAAAACCUCAUCAACCAAACCACUGCCAAGGCCACACUCACCCAGAUGCUGAACGUCAUCUUUACCCGCAUGGAAAACCAGGUGUUACAGGAGGCCAGAGAAUUGGAAAAACCAAUCCAUUCGAAACCUCAGUCUCCCAUGAUCCAGGCCACAGCAGGAUCCCCAAAGUUCAGCCAGCUGAAGCAGAACCAAGCCCAAACAACUCCUGAAAAAACAGAAUUGCCCAACGGUGAUCAUGCCAGGAAUGGCCUAGGAAAAAUGACCUCAGAAAAUGGAGAAACUCCCCGAGAAAGAAGCUCAUCACUCUCAGAAGCAGCAGAAAAGCAUGGUCUGAUGGAACCCGACCGAAUCCUGGGUGCCCUAGAGUGCCAGGAAUACACUGUUCCCCCAGGAGUUGAUGAGAACUCACAGACCAACGGCAUAGCAGAUGACAGGCAGUCGCUGUCCUCGGCAGAUAAUCUGGAACCGGAUGUACAAGGACAUCAAGUGGCUGCUAGGUUCUCUCACAUUCUACAGAAGGAUGCCUUUCUGGUGUUUCGCUCCCUGUGCAAGCUAUCCAUGAAACCCCUUGGGGAAGGACCUCCAGACCCAAAGUCUUUUUCAAAGAGAUUUUCCUGAACAUUUUAGAAACAUCCACAAGUUCUUUUGAGCACAGGUGGAUGGUCAUUCAAACCCUGACGAGGAUCUGUGCAGAUGCCCAGUGUGUUGUGGAUAUUUAUGUCAACUACGACUGUGACUUAAAUGCUGCUAACAUUUUUGAGCGCCUAGUAAAUGAUUUAUCCAAAAUCGCUCAGGGAAGAAGUGGACAUGAGCUGGGGAUGACACCUCUACAGGAGCUUAGUCUGAGGAAGAAAGGCCUGGAGUGUCUCGUGUCCAUUCUCAAGUGCAUGGUGGAAUGGAGCAAGGACCUGUAUGUGAAUCCUAAUCACCAGGCCAGCCUUGGUCAGGAGAGGCUCAUGGAUCAGGAAAUGGGGACCGAAAAAGGCCUUGACAUGGCAAGACGGUGCAGCGUGACAUCCAUGGAGUCCACAGUGUCCUCGGGGACCCAGACAACCAUUCAGGAUAGCCCAGAGCAGUUUGAGGUCAUCAAGCAACAGAAGGAAAUCAUUGAGAACGGCAUUGAGCUCUUCAACAAGAAGCCCAAGCGGGGAAUCCAGUUUCUUCAAGAGCAGGGCAUGCUGGGAGCAGCUGUAGAGGACAUUGCCCAGUUCCUGCAUCAGGAGGAGCGCUUGGAUUCUACCCAAGUCGGUGAAUUUCUGGGCGAUAGCACGAGGUUCAACAAGGAGGUGAUGUAUGCCUAUGUGGACCAACUGGACUUCUGUGAAAAAGAAUUCGUCUCAGCCCUGAGGAUGUUCCUGGAAGGCUUCCGCUUGCCUGGGGAAGCUCAGAAGAUUGACCGGUUAAUGGAGAAGUUUGCUGCAAGAUACAUAGAGUGUAACCAAGGGCAAACCCUGUUUGCGAGUGCUGACACUGCGUACGUCCUUGCGUAUUCCAUCAUCAUGCUAACGACAGACUUGCACAGUCCUCAGGUAAAAAAUAAAAUGACAAAAGAUCAAUACAUUAAGAUGAACCGGGGUAUCAAUGAUAGUAAAGAUCUGCCUGAGGAGUACCUCUCCAGCAUCUACGAAGAGAUAGAAGGCAAGAAAAUUGCAAUGAAAGAGACAAAAGAGCACACGAUUGCCGCAAAGUCUACUAAGCAGAAUGUAGCUAGUGAAAAGCAGCGGCGGUUGCUGUACAAUUUGGAGAUGGAGCAAAUGGCUAAAACGGCCAAAGCGCUGAUGGAGGCUGUGAGCCACGCCAAAGCCCCAUUCACAAGUGCCACACAUUUGGACCACGUCCGACCCAUGUUCAAACUCGUGUGGACGCCGCUGCUGGCAGCCUACAGCAUUGGUCUACAGAACUGUGAUGACACUGAAGUGGCCUCCUUGUGUUUGGAAGGCAUCCGGUGUGCAAUCCGAAUCGCCUGCAUCUUUGGAAUGCAGCUGGAAAGAGAUGCCUAUGUUCAGGCCCUUGCUCGCUUCUCCCUGCUGACUGCCAGCUCCAGCAUCACAGAAAUGAAGCAGAAAAACAUCGACACCAUAAAGACACUUAUUACUGUGGCUCACACUGAUGGCAACUACCUUGGAAACUCCUGGCAUGAGAUCUUGAAAUGCAUCAGCCAGCUGGAACUUGCUCAGCUGAUAGGAACCGGGGUGAAGACCCGUUACCUGUCUGGCUCUGGGCGGGAACGAGAAGGGAGCCUGAAGGGCCACACACUGGCUGGAGAAGAGUUCAUGGGUCUUGGCCUUGGGAAUUUGGUGAGCGGUGGUGUGGAUAAAAGACAGAUGGCCAGCUUCCAGGAAUCUGUUGGUGAGACCAGCUCACAGAGUGUGGUUGUUGCGGUAGACAGAAUUUUUACUGGCUCUACUAGACUGGAUGGCAAUGCAAUAGUUGACUUUGUCCGCUGGCUGUGUGCUGUGUCCAUGGACGAACUGGCUUCCCCACACCAUCCUCGAAUGUUCAGUCUACAGAAGAUUGUGGAGAUAUCGUACUAUAACAUGAAUCGGAUCCGGCUGCAGUGGUCCCGAAUAUGGCAUGUCAUUGGAGAUCAUUUCAAUAAGGUCGGCUGUAACCCCAAUGAAGAUGUGGCUAUCUUUGCUGUUGACUCAUUAAGGCAACUUUCUAUGAAGUUUUUGGAAAAGGGAGAAUUAGCCAACUUCAGAUUUCAGAAGGAUUUUCUGAGGCCCUUUGAGCACAUUAUGAAAAAAAACAGGUCUCCAACCAUCCGGGACAUGGUGAUCCGCUGCAUCGCCCAGAUGGUGAGUUCCCAGGCAGCCAACAUCCGCUCAGGCUGGAAAAACGUCUUUGCUGUGUUCCACCAGGCUGCCUCUGAUCAUGAUGGCAACAUUGUGGAGCUGGCUUUCCAAACCACGGGCCACAUCGUCUCGACCAUCUUCCAACACCACUUCCCUGCAGCUAUCGACUCCUUUCAAGAUGCUGUGAAGUGCUUGUCUGAGUUCGCCUGCAAUGCUGCUUUUCCCGACACCAGCAUGGAGGCCAUCCGUCUCAUCCGCUUUUGUGGGAAAUACGUCUCUGAGAGGCCACGGAAAUCCGAGUGGAUGACAACAACCUGCAAUCAUGCACUUUAUGCUAUCUGUGAUGUAUUUACCCAGUUUUAUGAAGCUUUAAAUGAAGUGCUUCUCUCUGAUGUGUUUGCACAGCUGCAGUGGUGUGUGAAACAAGAUAAUGAACAGUUGGCUCGCUCAGGUACAAAUUGCUUAGAAAACUUAGUGAUAUCCAAUGGAGAGAAGUUCAGCCCUGUUGUCUGGGAUGAAACCUGCACCUGUAUGCUGGAUAUUUUCAAAACCACCAUCCCACAUGUUUUGCUGACGUGGAAACCUGCGGGAGUGGAGGAAGAGACAUCAGAAAAGCAUUUGGAUGUGGAUCUGGACCGCCAGUCUUUAAGCAGCAUAGACAGAAAUGCCUCUGAGAGAGGCCAGAGCCAGUUCUCCAUCCCAACUGAUGACAGCUGGAAGGGUGGACCAUAUGCAAAUCAGAAACUGUUUGCCAGCCUCCUUAUCAAGUGUGUGGUUCAGCUGGAACUGAUACAGACCAUCGACAACAUCGUGUUCUACCCUGCGACCAGCAAAAAGGAGGAUGCAGAGCACAUGGUUGCUGCCCAGCAAGACACAUUGGAUGCAGACAUCCACAUUGAGACAGAGAAUCAGGGCAUGUACAAGUACAUGUCUUCCCAGCACCUCUUCAAGCUGCUAGACUGCCUGCAGGAGUCUCAUUCAUUCUCAAAGGCCUUCAAUUCCAAUUACGAGCAGCGUACUGUCCUUUGGCGAGCAGGCUUUAAGGGCAAGUCUAAACCCAAUCUUCUCAAACAAGAAACCAGCAGCCUGGCCUGUUGCUUGAGGAUCCUGUUUCGAAUGUAUGUCGAUGAGAACCGCAAGGAUUCCUGGCGUGAAAUACAGCAGCGACUGUUAACUGUGUGCAGCGAAGCGCUUGGCUACUUCAUUACAGUGAAUUCUGAAAGCCAUCGGGAAGCCUGGACAAGUCUCCUGUUGUUACUUCUAACCAAAACCCUCAAAAUAAAUGAUGAAAAGUUCAAAGCACAUGCAUCAAUGUACUACCCCUACCUGUGUGAAAUUAUGCAGUUUGACCUGAUCCCUGAGCUCCGAGCAGUUCUGCGCAAGUUUUUCCUGCGGAUAGGAGUUGUCUACAAGAUAUGGAUUCCAGAAGAGCCAUCUCAAGAGCCAGUGGCACUGUCAUUAACGUGGUAGCCCUGGCUCCCUCAGCCACUGCAACUCUGCAGAACACCCACCAUGCCAUCUCUAACUGGCAUGUCUCAUGAGGGGUCACAUGCAGAUGAGGAGCUGACCACCAUCUUGGCUUUGGGAAGGGCCUGGGUAGCAGUGGCCUCUUCCCACCCCCAGAUGAGGCUUACAGUGUCUCGUUACAUGUUUCAUACCGGUAACACAGUGGGUGAGGAAUUGUUUUUUUCUCACAUUCCAUUUUCCUGACUGAGCUGUCAACUCUGUCCUUGCGAAUGCCACCGUUUCCUAGUAGAGUUCUGUAACUGGUGGUAAAUAUUUUGUCAGAGGAUGUCACUCUUCUUGAAAAUAGUGAACAUAGCUGUAUAGGUCUGUGUUUAUUAGAGAGUAUGUUAAUAAAAUUUUCCUGUCAUGGCUAACUGCCACCUAGUACGCUGGGUGUUUUGUUGUUUGAAUGUGUUAGAGAAGCUUGAGUGCUUUUGUCAGUUACAGGUCAGCCAUAGGUAGAUUAGUUUGGGGGAAAGGUAGGUAAAAGGAAGGUCUUUUUUUAUGUUCUGUUUUGUUAACGUCUGAGUGAUUUUUUUUAAAGUAUUUUACAAAGAGAUGUUAUUGAAGAUUUGAUUGAAGGAAGAGUUUAGUAGAGUUUUUAAAGCAUUUGCAAUGUUUGUAAAAAAUGUAGAGCUUCAUGGCUGUCCCUGUGUUAGUAACUUGGGGAAAAAAGUCAAUAGGAAAAAGUCAACAAUUUAAUGAAGGUGGUUAGCCUUCUUUGAAGUAUUUGUGGAUGAGUAUUCGAUUAAAGUUUCCAGAAUGCAUUGUGCAUCCCACACUCUGAAGUCAAGAAAUGAAGUAGUCAUGAAAAGGAAGUGAUGCUUUACCCAGAGUUCACUUACCUUUGAGUAAACCUUUUUAUUUUUACCUCAGAAGAGUGAGUAUGCACGCAUCCAGCAUCACUGCUUUGCACAGUCCCAGUUAAAGGGACCCUCAGAGAGAGGGACGGUAAGAGUGUGAGAAAGUCGCUCCAUUCAGCCCUGUGUCAUGAAGACAUUGAGAGCCACUGUGGGGCCAGCACAGGCAAGCUGUGGCAACAGCAAGGUGGCAGGUGCCUAGCACGUGUUAUCCUGAGCCCAGGAGGUAAUUAGAUUCGAGGGUCCUUUUGUUGGUAAUGGCGUCGUGGCUGAACUUCAGGAGAACAAAUUCCAAGUGCGCCCAAAGCCCGCAGCAGUAGAUCUAGAAUUAAUUUAUUCUGAGUCCAGAGAAAGCAAACAUUCAGCAUUCUCCCCUCACCCUGCUCACCUAGAGCAGUGCAGCACUAAGUCUUGUCAUGGAGAGCGUUGAGACUUCAUGCUGCCUGCAUCAAGUCUGAAUCGGGUUGUAGUGAUGUCCACUCUGGUGCCUUAGAAGUUAGUUAUUUGUUGGCAAUGUGUCUGUAAAAUCAGAUAUUGUUUUCUUUCUAGAAGAUUCCUGGUGCUUUUGCUUACUGAGACUUCUUGUUUUCUCUUCUGUUUUUAAUAGCCUUAUGACUUGUUUAGUUUGGCUCGCAGGACUUCAUGGUUUUUUUUUUUUUCUUUUCCAAAAAGUAUUUUAAUUUCUCUACCAAAGAAAAACAGCAGAUUUAGGUUGUUAUCAGCCGAGAGCUGUAUAACUUGCAGGGAGGGAUUGUAGGCGAAUACUUGACUGGGAAUGGAAAGAGUGAGCACGUUUGACUGACAUGUCCUGGAAUCUGUUGUAUCUUUAUACUGUCUGUGAACCUGUAUUUGGGAGACACCCCCUGGUGUGGCUGUCCAGUACAAGCGCAACCAUCAGCGGUCUUCACAGUAUUUCCCCAUACCAAGCGGGGAGCAUGCACCCACGUUCAGUGAGCACAUCGUGCGUAAGUUACAUCCCUGGUUGGUGGCUUUCCCUGUCGUAGGGCAUUGUUUGUCUAUACUUUCCCAGCAUUCCCCUGCCUUCUCUUUUGUCCCUUACAGGGUAGGAAAUAUCAGUGUAUUUUAUUACUUACUGAGAUAUUCACACUAGAAUUUCUUUAUAAUUUUGUCAUGUAAAAGAUUGACUUUUCUGAAUGAGACAUUUUAAUCGCACAGCAGUGGACCUUUUAAAAGCUGGAUGUAAAGCCAUUCAGGGUAAAUUUUCUUGUCAGUGGACAGUGGCUUCCCUGACCUCCAGUAAUAAGCCAUGCAGUAUAAAUUCUUGUGAACAAAUCUGUUUUCUCAUGGCCAAUGUGGCUUGAACUGCUCAGACAGUGGUGCAAAGUGCGAGGCAGAGGUGCAGCUUCAGGGAGGAGGGUGGAGCAUCUUCCCAGGCCUUAUUUCUUUAUCAAAAUGCUUUAAGUGUUGAUUCUACAUGCUGGGUCUUCAAGUUUCUGUUAUUGUCUGCAUUGUCUGUUAAGGAAAUCACCAGCUCUGGCAUCUUGACAACAAACAGCGGCUGGGCAUUUUGCUUUCUAACAUGCACUUUAGUCAGAUACACUUUUUCCUUGUUCUCAUCACGUACAACCAAAGAACGUGUGAAAGCUGUGCAGUAAUGUCUGGAGAGACACUUUCCUUCGACAGGUGACUUUUCUACAAAAUGCAGAAAAACUAUGAAGACAAAAAUCUAAACAUUUUUUGUUGUUUCAUGAUUAUGGCUAUCCAUUUAGUCAUCCUUAUAGCUAUGAAAAGAACCCGCUGACCAAUGUGACCACCCAACUCAGGUGUUUAUUGUUAGCGUGCGAAUGGAUAUUCGUUUCAGUGGAUGCUGGAUCCUUCUGAAUUGUUUCACUGUGUUGAGGUGGACGUAGCUUGAACUCACAUGAAACCUGGAGUUUUGCUACCAGCAGCUUUGCAGUUUGAGAAAUGAAGAAACCAAAGCUGAAUAUUUUAAAGAAUGAAUCUAUCUGGAAAUCCUUGCUCUCAAAAAAUGACACUCUGAAAGGUGUGGUUUUUCUCAGUGUUCUAAUUUUUAAAAAAUUUUAUCUGCAUAUUUGCAUCAAAUAUUUCUUUAUGUGCAAAAUUGUCUUACCUCUUAAAUGCCUAAAAGUUAGUUACUAGCUACUUUGAUUUAAUCUACACAAUGAUUAAGUGCAUUUAAUAUUGGUAAUUUAAUGAAAAGCAUUCCUUGCCCAAUGGAUGUAAACAUUUUUGAAAGAAUAAAGCAGAAUUAUAUAAUAUGAAAUGCUAUGUAAAGUUUUCUAUGUAAAAAUAUUAUGUAUAAUACUGAUAAAAUACCCCAUGCUUUGAUCAGGUGGAAAACAAUAAAAUUUUAAAAAGUAAA